CGCGAAUAUUUUUGGCGUCUUUCUCGAGCUGACCACUCUUCGCAUACUACACCUCUGGCACUCACACAAACCGUAAUGCGUCUGUCGGGACUCCAGAAGGAAAUGCUUGCCCUCUACAGGCAAUGCAUUCGCGAAUGCCGCAAAAAGCCCGAGGCAAACCGCAAACACUUCCAAGCUUUUGCCAGAAGAGAGUUUGAAAAGAACAUUAAAAUUGACAAGCGUGACUUUGCCGCGGUCGAAUUCCUUCUUCGAAAGGGCAGGCGCCAGCUCGAGAUAUACUCGUCUCCGGGAGUCAAAGACAUCAAAUGAGCACCGGAUUGCUCCUUCCACGAGAAGCUUCCAUCCCAGGCAACAAUGGACCCCCAUGGGCGCGAGACACGCAUAGAGACUGCUUUCCAAGUCCUCUCGCCGCAGGAUGAGAAAUACUGUUGUCUCAAGCUGGUCUCCGUUUCAUUUCAUUCCUUGCGUGGCGAUGAACGGCCUCGUCACGACCCGCACCUUAUUACGACUUCGAUCCCCAUCUACUUCAGCCUCCGCUUUCUUCGCUUUACACAGUCUUCCCAGCACCUCAUCGCAAAUCUUAUCAGUCCCAUUUCCCCAACUA